GCGGAAGUGACACAAGAAAGUAAACAUAGGAGCUGUCAGUGGAUCCACAAAUUAAGAUAAUUGAGACUGAACAGUGUCAUUUUAAAAGGCAGUUUGUUUUUUAUGCAUACCAAGGGACACUUGUGUGGAAAGCUGUUGCAAAAUCUUAUAAAGGUGUUACAGGGACAGGAGUGACACCGUCCUGCAAUGUUUACAGACAUGGAUUAUGAGCUGGAGGAGGACAAACUUGGGAUACCAACAGUACCUGGUACUGUGUCUCUGAAGAAAGAUGCCAACAACCUGAUUGGCAUCAGCAUUGGUGGUGGGGCACAGUACUGUCCUUGUCUCUAUAUAGUCCAGGUCUUUGAUAACACGCCAGCAGCUCUGGAUGGGACGCUGGCAGCAGGCGAUGAAAUCACAGGCGUGAAUGGGAAACCAGUGAAGGGAAAGACCAAAGUAGAGGUGGCCAAGAUGAUUCAAGCUGUACAGGGAGAAGCAGUGAUCCACUACAACAAACUGCAGGCAGACCCCAAACAGGGGAAGUCUCUGGAUAUAGUGCUGAAAAAAGUCAAACAUCGCCUGGUGGAGAAUAUGAGUUCGGGCACAGCAGAUGCUCUUGGACUCAGUAGAGCUAUUCUAUGCAACGAUGGACUAGUCAAAAAACUAGAUGAGCUGGACAAAACAGCAGAGCUCUACAAAGGGCUGAUGGAGCACACGAAGAGACUGCUCAGAGCUUUCUUUGAGCUUUCUCAAACUCACAGAGCGUUUGGCGAUGUUUUUUCCGUCAUCGGGGUCCGAGAGCCUCAGGCUGCUGCCAGCGAGGCGUUUGUGAAGUUUGCUGAUGCUCACCGCAACAUUGAGAAGUACGGUAUUAAGCUGCUGAAGACCAUCAAACCUAUGCUCCACGAUCUGAACACGUACCUUCACAAGGCCAUACCCGACACCAAGCUCACCAUCCGCAAGUACCUGGAUGUGAAGUUUGAAUAUCUGUCGUACUGCCUGAAGGUGAAGGAAAUGGAUGAUGAAGAAUACAGCAGUAUCGCCAUGGGAGAGCCUCUGUAUCGCGUCAGCACUGGGAACUAUGAGUACCGCUUGGUGCUGCGGUGUCGGCAGGAGGCUCGCGCCCGUUUUGCCAAAAUGAGGAAGGAUGUUCUGGAGAAGAUCGAGCUGCUGGAUCAGAAACAUGUCCAGGACAUCGUGUUCCAGCUGCAGCGCUUCGUCUCAGGCAUGUCACAUUACUAUGACGAGUGCUACGCUGUCUUGAAGGAGGCGGACGUCUUCCCCAUUGAAGUGGACCUCUCCCGCACCAUGAUCAACUACGGCACCCAGCCGCUCUCCUACACCGGGGACGAGGAGGAGGAAGAGGAGGGAGGAGGCGGAGAGGAAGGAGGGAGCAGUGCAGGGAGACAAGCAGAGAACGGAGCUGAGAAACUGAUCGAUGACGAAUGAGGCUGUGUGUGUGUGUGUGUGUGUGUGUGUGUGUGUGUGUGUGUGUGUGUGUGUGUGUGUGUGUGUGUGUGUGUGUGUGUGUGUGUGUGUGUGUGUGUGUGUGUGUGUGUGUGUGUGUGUGUGUGUGUGUGUGUGUGUGUGUUCUAACAUAUCUGUUCUGGAUUUAAUGUCAAAGCACUCACCAAACAGUAUGGGUGGAUUAUUCAAUGGGCCUACUGGCCACAGUGUCAGGGCACCUGGUUUCUUGAAUUGUCAAUCAAGGAAACAUGUACCAGCCAGAAUGACCUCAAAGGAACGUAAAACAACUACAAACAGAGAGAAAAAAAAAAACAGAGAGAUGGAGAGCGGCUACACAGAGACUCAAAUUGACUGCAAAGACAAAAGAAAUGACCACAAAGAGACAAAAAAGACACACAAAACCCUACAAAACAACUAAAAUUAGGCAAACCAAGUUCAGAGUUUCAAAAUGACUUCAUCUGCAAAGAGACAUAAAUCAAAUACAAAGAGUCUCAUAAUGACUGAAUACAUGCAAAAUUACCACAGUGGCACAAAACAACCACAAAGACACUCAAAGGGACUACAAAGAGACACAAAACAACCUCAAAGGGACUACAAAGAGACACAAAACAACCUCAAAGGGACUACAAAGAGACAUAAAACAACCACAGAGACUCAAAGGGACUACAAAGAGACACAAACAACCACAGAGACUCAAAGGGACUACAAAGAGACACAAACAACCAAAAAGAGACUCAAAGGGACUACAAAGAGACACAAAACAACCUCAAAGGGACUACAAAGAGACAUAAAACAACCACAGAGACUCAAAGGGACUACAAAGAGACACAAACAACCACAGAGACUCAAAGGGACUACAAAGAGACACAAACAACCAAAAAGAGACUCAAAGGGACUAGAAAGAGACACAAAACAACCACAAAGAGACUCAAAAUGAUUACAGAGACACAUAACUACAAAACAACCAGACUAUAAUUAACAUUGAAAAGACCAAAACAACUGCAGAGACACAGAACAGCCACAAAGAGAUGUUUAAUGACAACAAAGAGACACAACAACAAAAAGAGGCUAAAAAACUAUGACGUUUGUACGUCCUGCUCCUAUGAGGGAAAGGUGUUGGGGCCUUUUGCGUGACCAUGCCCGGGGCCCAUUGUCUCCUAAUCCGCCCAUGCCAAGCUGCGAUCUUUGCAGCGGUGUAAAGCAGCUGAAAUGGAAAACACUAUCAUCACAAAGGUGAAUACUACUGAAAAUUGCUGCUAUAAUAUAACGCUGUAUGUUGAUCUUUUGGUGGUGUUUUCUUACUCAGACACUCUCAAAUCAACUGUUUUGUGAUUAUUUUAUCAUAGCAAAUUUGGACUUCCUGCUUUUUUGAUGUGACUGUCCUCCACAUGUAGGGUCAUUGCUCAAUGACUGCGACAGACACAACUAACAGAAGGCUUUUUUUAUCUGAAUGCUAUGGAGGGUUUUAAUGUGGCAGAGUAGGAUUUAUAUGCAUAUGAGGUGUGCCUUCUUAGCCUUAAUGAAGUGUAUUGGAUCUGGGCUGUGUGUCAAUGUGCAUGUUAUGUUAUAACUUGAUAUUUGCAUUUUUAUUUUGUGAUUUUCUUUGCCACAAACCUGUCAUAUUUUGGACAGGGAUUUAUUUAGCUACCUAAAAUAUUAUUUUGUGGUAAAUAAGUGACUUUUUCUUCUUGCCUUUACAAACAAAUUGCAAAUGACACUACUGAUUAUAUACAGACUACUAAAUAUACAAAAGAUGAAGAUGACUGAAGAAAAAAUAUUUCUGUUCUUAAUCAAAUAGUUUGUUACAUGUAGCUGUUACAUUCCUUUCUCCUCUUUUUAUUUUCUUCUUAGCACAUUUUCAUUGUUUUAAAAGGGAGAGCUUGCACUUGUCACAGUGUCCAUCUCUGAAAACUCCUCAACCAUUUUUUUAAAAGAUCAUUCAAUCUGUUUCAGAGUUAAACACCUAAAAGUGUGUUUAAUUGUUUUCUUUUGUAACACACCUGCAUUGCUCUUUUCCCCUCCACAGCAUGUUUUUUUUCAUUCCAGCAGUGCCCCGUAAUGGACACACACAGAGCUUUACCACUGUGUGGAAACAGGUUGAAAAAUGCAAACACUACAUGUAAAUAAGUAUGUAAAAAGGGAAAGGGUGUUAAAAAUCUGAUAUUUUAACUUUCUUGUCAUUCCCAUUUUAUUUAUUCUCUUUGUGAAAGCAUAUUUAAAAGUUGAAAUGAGGAAAUUUUAUUAUAUAUUAUAGCGAAUAUCUUUGUUGUCUGUCUUUUAUUUUGCCUUCAGUGGGAUAAGAUGAUUUUGUGCAUUUUCAUGAUAUACUGUUGGGAACUCUUGGGGCAGCAUCACAUCUGAUAAGUGCACUAUAGUUCCUGUGUUGAAUUAAAAUUAAUUUUCUUCGUGUGA